AUUUAAAUAAUAAACAUAUAAUGAGAUAAAGGCAGGUGAGUUGAAGUUGUUGGUUAGCAUUGUUAGCUUGUAGUUUUGAUUCUUUAAGGCAGCUAGCUUGAUAGCGCAACAACAACACCGGUGUGCCGCGUAUCUCCAGGGAAACGUGAGCACGCGCGCGCGCACACACAGAAACCAACGGCUGCCGCAGGGGAGCGGAGCGGAGCGGAGGGAGGACGGAGGGCAGGCCGGGAAGUAGAGGCGGCAGGUGGGCUGGCGCUAGUCUUCACCUGCCUCGUCCGUUUGGAGCGCCUCAGUUAUGCGUCGUGUUUCUAACCCGCUGAGAAGAGACGGGACGAGCGUUCGGCUGAACGCCAUACUGGUCCUCGGCUGAGGUCGUGAAGUGUUUGGCUCGGUAGUACAGUUACAGUUAGCAGGUGCCGUUACUCCGAGGAGACAGUAAAAGAGCGUUACAGCUCAGCACGUUAAGCUAGUUAAGCUAGUUAGUUGUUGUUGUUGUUGUGGUUGUUCGAGUGUGUGAGAGAGUCAGGAAGGCUGCAGGUGUGUUCUAGCUCAAUGGCACGCAGGUACCGACGGUGAGGAGGAUGGUCCCGCAGUGUCCCGUCUGUUGUUGACGCUCAGCAGCCAUCACUCAGACCGAAAGUGACCAUGAAGGACACGGGGGAGUCGAAGGACCACCAACUAACUGUUGCUUUGAGGAUCCGACCCCUCAGCGAUGCUGAGCAGGAGGAGGCGGCUACGAUCGUGGCCCACAGGGUGGACGAGCAGAUGGUGGUUCUGAUGGACCCCAUGGAGGACCCAGACGACAUCCUGCGUGCCAACCGCUCCAGGGAGAAGACUUACAUGUUUGAUGUGGCGUUCGACUACUUAGCCAGUCAGGAGGAGGUGUAUCGAGCUACAACCAGAGGGCUGAUCGAAGGCCUCAUAUCGGGCUACAAUGCCACUGUGUUUGCCUACGGACCCACAGGUUGUGGGAAGACAUACACCAUGCUGGGGACUGACAAGGAGCCGGGAAUCUACGUUCGAACGCUGAACGACCUUUUCCGUGCCAUCGAGGAGACCAGUGACGACAUGCUGUACAGCGUAUCUAUGUCUUAUCUGGAGAUCUACAAUGAGAUGAUCCGGGACCUGCUGAACCCGUCCUCGGGCUUCUUGGACCUGAGAGAGGAUGCUAAAGGAGUGAUUCAGGUCGCGGGCAUCACAGAGGUGUCUACCAUCAACGCACAAGAGAUCAUGGAGUUGCUGAUGAAAGGCAACAAGCAGCGCACCCAGGAGCCCACAGCGGCCAAUCAGACGUCGUCUCGCUCCCACGCUGUGCUGCAGGUGGCUGUGAAGCAGCAGAGCCGGUGUCGCGAUGUCCUGCAGGAGGUCCGCUUCGCACGCCUCUUCAUGAUCGACCUCGCCGGCUCUGAACGAGCAGCACAGACUCAGAAUAGGGGUCAGCGGUUGAAAGAGGGCGCCCACAUCAACCGCUCCCUCCUGGCUUUGGGCAACUGCAUCAACGCCCUGAGUGACAAAAACGGUACCAAGUACGUCAACUACAGAGACAGCAAGUUGACUCGACUACUGAAGGACUCGCUGGGCGGGAACAGCCGAACGGUCAUGAUAGCCCACAUCAGCCCCGCCUCUGUGGCUUUUGAGGAGUCUCGUAACACGCUGACGUAUGCUGACCGUGCCAAAAGCAUUCGAACACGGGUAAAGAAGAACCUGAUAAAUGUGUCAUACCACAUCGCCCAGUACACCAACAUCAUCUCAGACCUGCGCAGCGAGAUCCAGCGGCUCAAGAAGAAGAUCGCAGAUCAGGCGAGCCGCCAGCUCAGCUCAGACCGGACAGACAUCCGCCAUGUCCAGGCGGAGGUCCAGGCCCACUCCAGCCACCAGAGUCGGGCAGAGAUGGACCAGUUGAGGGAACAGCUCCUGGAUGCCUUUCGCCAACAGAUGGAGAUCAGGAGAAGCCUGAUGGAGCUGGAAAACAGCAACAUGGAGAUCCAAAUCGACACCUCCAAACACCUGCUAACCAUUGCAGACUGGGAGCAGGAGCGGAGUAGACGCAGGAGGAAGUGGCGAGCUGAAAGGAGAAAGGAAAGUGUUAAUAAGGACGAAAGCGAGAAGGACUCUGACUCUCCCGAGUCUCCUCCAGACAGCACCGAGACCCAACAGGUGGCGGUGGCCCGAGAAACCCUGGUCACACUCAUGGCUGAACAGAAAAAGAUCCAGAAACAGAAGGUGGGAUUCCUGAUCUACUUUUUAAAACAAAGAAAAAAAGAAAUGGUUGAAAGUGUUCACACAACUUUAACUGCUCUAUUCCCACUUAUCCUCAAGGCGUUGCUCGAGCGCAGGUUCUUGGAGCUUCGUGAUCGGGCGCGGCGCCUGGAGGAGCUGCUUCCCAGGCGGGUGAGCUCAGAGGAGCAGCGGGAGGUCCUGUGCCUCCUCUGUAAGGUCCACGAGCUGGAGAUCGAGAACGCAGAGAUGCAGUCGCACGCGCUGCUCAAGGACAACGUCAUCCGGCAGAAAAACUUUGUGGUGCAGCGCUUCGAGCAGCACAGACACCUGUGUGAUGAGAUCAUACAGCAGCAGAGACAGUUCAUUGAUGACCACAGUCUGCUGGUUCCUCCACACCUCCAGGAGCUGUACGAUAUGUACAUGAGGGAGCUGGAUGAGAGGAAACUGGACAGAGCCAUGGCUCUGGAUAAAGUGACCACCAGACACACCAUCAAGGAGGGCUCUCUUCCCAAGAUCACCCUGCCCGGUCAGGCUCGUGACAACAUGCAGGACAUGGACUCAGACCAGGAGAGUGUGCGCAACAUGUGCUCUGAUAACAGACGAGGCCAAGCCAAAAUCCGCCGACACACUCUGCCGCCGAUUCUGCCCGAGCCUGAGCUGGAUAAUAACAGAGUCUUUAAGAACAGCCCUCACGCCAGGCAGAUGAAAAACUCGGCUGUAAUGACUCCACCUCCCAUCCACAUUAACGGGAAGGGCAACAGAGAGCUGCAGCCGCUGCUUCCUGAGAGCUCUCUGAGUUACAGUCACCUCAGCCACAGUGUCAGCAGCCACCUCGACUCAUCACCCGAGAGCAGCGAGGCCGGGGCCGACAUCCCUCUGUCACGAACUGAGCGGCAGCAGAUCCUCAGGGGGGUCCAGAACAUUGUAGUGAAAGCAGCCCGUCGUCGCUCCAAAGCCCUGGAGGUGGAUGCUCUGCGGUUACCGCCUCCCCCGUCUCCCCUGGACCCAACGAAGCAGAAGAGCAGCCUCUCUUUGAGCGAGGCGCCCCCCAGAGGUUUGCCAGUGCGGCGCGGCCGGCAGCCGAGCCCCGAGCUCAGACACGCCACCUCGGACGACAACCUGUCCAGCAGCACGGGCGAGGGGCCCGGCCUGCAGGUCACCUGGACGCGCCCACGUUACCGCCAGGUCGCCAGCAAGAACCAAACGCCACGCGAUGUGGACUUCGAGGCUCGCCGCAAGAAAAGGCGCUCACGGUCUUUUGAGGUCACUGGUCAAGCACUGCCACAAACCAAGACAACCACGGCUCAGAGGUUCCGCCCUCUGGACAGCACAUCGGACCCCCACCUCCACAAUAACACCCUCCCCCAGGCUCCUAUGCUCCGCCCCCAGUACAGAGGGGUCCCUCCUCUCGCCAAAGUCAGGGCCCCCCACAGCAUCCAGCAAACAGGCUCUAAUGCAGAGUCCUCCACAGCCCACAUGAAUAACCUGAAGCGGGGGCCCCAGCUGCGGCAGCCCCAGCCCCUCCUCUACAUCACCACCACAGGCACCGGGGGCCAGCGCACACGCAGACACUGAACCUGAGCCCACACAUCUGAUCCUCAACACCAGCACUGAUAAACCACACCAGCUGAGCCUGGAGGGGAAUCCUCUCCUCUCACAGAACCACCCAAACCCACUCCAUUAACAUGAACAGUUCACCUCUCAGUGACACGUUAAGCAAGUCUGAGAGGCAGAGAGACGGAGGGCGACCAGCUGGACGCCUCCACACAGGCCUCCUCCUCUGUGCUUCAUCGUGGACACUGAGCGACGGCGCCGGCGGGCUCUGAGACCUGCAGACGCCAGAGAUCUCCAGACGUGUUCUGUUCUGUCACGUGUUUCCACGUUAGCUGUUGUGCUGGAUUAUGUGUCAGGAUGGCAUCGAGCUUACUGUGAAUGCAACACCGUACUAAUGUUUGUGCAUUAUGAGUAUAUACCGUUUGGUAAAUUGUCCGUGGUUGUAAUGGAGACCAGAAACUGAAACAUCAGGCUAAUUGUGGGGCUCAACGUUACAGUAACAGUGUGGGAAAAGGUUUUAUUAAACAAAUCAUGUAGAAGCUGAGGGGAUAUUGCUCUGAAGGCAAUGUAAAAAGAUGCAUAAGGAGAGAAUGGCCUACAGUCGAACUGUUUCAGCAUCCGUUUUUCUUGUAGUGAUGUUGUUUCAGUUGAAUGGCACACUAAUACUUGCAUAAAAAACCUUGAUGAUGUUCAUUGUCGUGCACUUCUGUCCUCUCACACGCCCCGGGUCUCUGCCUUCUCACCCAAACGUGACUGUUGACGUCACGUCUGUCUGUGUAGGUGUAAAGUACCACAAGUUGCUUUUUUUCCAGGGUAGUCGGUUGUGUUUUUAAUGAAUUAUUUAACUGUUGCCUUUUAUUUUCUUGUAUGUUGUUGUCAUUGAUAUUGUUUUCAUAAUUACUACUUUCUAUGCUUUAUUUUGUACGACAACAUUUUUUUAAUUUGUUCCCAAAUAAAUUGAAACAAGGCAAGUGAAGAGAUGA